AGUAGCGUGUAUAUUGGCAGUCCGCGUGUAUCGUGUAUAUCGUUUUGGUUCCGUACAGUGUUGGGUAUUGUUUGAUCUCUAUUAUUGAAUGUAAAAACAUUAACCUAUUGGUUAUAUUCAAAUAUCGUGUUUGUUGUCUCCGUUAAUUAUUAUUGUCCUAUAUUAUCCUAUUCUCUUCCAUAAACUUUGGAUAGCUUUUUGGAUAAAAAUGAGGGUCCGAACGGAGCAUUGGGAAAUCUUACUUUCGUUUUGCGAGGAGAAUCCCCAAUUAAUUACAAACAAAUUUAUUGGAAGCGACCGACGAACUAAGGGAAUAGCUCUGUGGAAAACUGUUUCCACGGCAUUAAACAGUUUGGGAUAUGGUCAAAAAACCAUAGACGGAUGGAAAAAGACACUAACAGACUGGAAAAGCAAAACUAAAGCGAAAGCAGCUUCCUUAAGAAGGGAACAAGAGAAGACUGGUGGUGGUUCAUCUCAGUUAACCCCUCUAUCCGCAUUGGAGAAAAGACUCUUGAGCCUAAUGGGAAUCCAGGCUGUCCUCGAUAAUGAAUAUGUACCGGAAUUACAGUUUGAAGAGGUCGAAGUCCAUUAUGUGGAUAUUGAAAUGCCCAAAAGCACUAUAAAAGUGGAACAUGAUUACCAUAUCGAGAGCCAAGUGGAUGAUACUUCAAACAAACCCAGCACUUCUCGUGCCAAUUUAUCCGAAAGAGACAAUAAAAGCGCAAAGAGAAAAUUUGACUACCAGGAUGAGACAGAAACGAGCGAGUCUCAACCCAAUCCACAUAUUACAGUUCCAUUAUCAAAUAAUCCAUUAGAUCUUAACCAAGAGUCAUUACAACUGUUGCAAAAUAUUAGCGAUAAUACUGAUAGCAUGGUAAGAUCUCUGGAGGAUAUUCCAUUAGAUCUUUACCAAGGGUCAUUACAACUCUUGCAAAGUAUUAGCGAUAAUACUGGCAGCAUGGCAAGAUCUCUGGAGAAUAUUGCCACAUCACUAAGCAUAAUAGCCGAACGUUUAAAAAAUAAAUAGUAUCUAUGGUAGUAUCCUCCUGGAUUAUUUUGUAGUUUUUGUAAUUAAAUAGUAUCAAUAAAAUGUGAUGAUGUUA